AUGACAUGUUUCAACUUACCCUCUAUUUUUGUGCCCUUAGUAGGUCGAGGAAAAGAUUCCAUCAUUUAA